AUGUCGCUUCUCGGAAGCUAUAAAGCCCGAAUCACCAAACUCGCCAAAGCACUUCGUGAGAAGAUCUCGGAAGCCGAUGAGGCCACCCUUCAACCGCUGGAUCCUGCUAUGGAGGCAAAGAAAGCCGAAGAGUUUGCUCGUCAAAAUCCUGACGAGCAGGGCGAGUUUCCCUUCCUUCAGCAGAUUCAGGAUCAUUGGGACGCUGGUGAACUGGAUCAACUCCUGGAGGAAGCUGACACUCUCCAUGCACGUCUUGAUAUUGCGAUCAAACUCUUGCCGAGCUCGGAAGUUUUGUAUUCUAUGCGUGUUCCGGUUGUUCCUUCUUCUUCUUCAUCUGUUAACCUUUCUCCUCAUCCUACCCAAGACCCCAUCCCGACCGAUCAGCCUGCGCAGGACGUGAGAGAGGAAAUUGCGAGCCACUCUUCGUCUAAGAAUCAGGAUCGCCCAUCAGAACCUGAUAUCGCGCCAGCUGAUACCCUACCACCGCGCGCGUCGAGCGCCACCCAAGGAUUCGGUGUCUCCCCCCAUAACCCCUCAACUUUUGGCAAUCCCUUCGUGACUCCUUCUUGCCCCCAGCCGAAUCCGUUCGCAGCAUCGUCUGCUCUCCCGAACCCUACUUCUAAUCGUCCGUGGAGCAAUCGUUGA